AUGGACGAAGUGCGAGAAUACCAUCGUCAACGGGUCAGGCAGGCACUCCUCCGUAGCGCUAGUCCCGGGAGUGGCGCCAGCCACGACUGCAACCAGGUGAUCAAUGCCUCAUUGUCUGCAGCCGAGAGGGUCCUCCAUAUCCCAGAACUUGCCCAUCUCAUACUCAAGCUCACCCCGCUACGGGCUUGGCCCUCGUUCUGUCGCGUCUCGAAGUGGUGUGCCCAAAUCACGCUCCCGAUCAUCUGGAAAACCGUUUCUUGCAGGACGAACAGGACCUAUACAAUGAUUGCACCGCAUUUUUAUAAGCAUAUACAUCUCAUACAGAUGCUUGCCUUCCCAGGACCACGGAGUAGUGCAAUAUCGCGUUUUGUGGAAGAGACUGCCUGGAUACACGAACUCAACUUGACAUCACUGAACCUCCGAGAGUCCGGGGUGACGACAGAACAACUCGUAUGGUUGCUACAGCAUUCUCCAAAGCUGCGCUCGAUCGAUAUCGUGGGAUGCCGAAGCCUGGAGCAGCACCCAUUGCAGACCCUUCACCCAUACACACAUCUCGAAGCCAUAGCUUUCACAUACGAUGACCCAUUCCCAGCGUCAGGGCGCUAUCCCGAGAACGUGCUAGGAUCUUGGCCGGCUCUCAGGCACCUAAAUUUAUCUGGAUACGUUCUCUCCAAGGAUAGGGCCGCCUUUCCUGUAUUCCUGAGCGAGAACACAAGUUUGUUGAACUUGAAAUCGUUGGAGCUGGUGCAGCUGCCAGAAUGGGCCGACAGAGCUCUCACAAAACUUAUCGGCAGUGGCAAUCAACUCUCCAGUUUAUCACUGACGGGAUGCAACUUUACUCCUCAGGAGCUGAUCGAUCUGUCGCCAUCUUUACACUCUCUAUCUUCACUCACGAUCCGGAUUUGCUCCCAAAUCAAAACGGAACACUGUUUGUCGAUACUACAAUCACUCCCUCGGAUCCGUCAUCUCGACUUGGGGGGCUGUUUUACGUCUGACUGGUUCGAAGAAUUUGUUAGAAUAAUGCCCCAUAUUGUUUCGCUGACUCUGACGUGCGACGAAAUUUCGUCCGCUGGGCUGAAGCAGGUUUUCAUGAACUGUCGUGCACUCCGUUGUCAGAUCAUCUAUACCUCCUUAGGACCGAACUCGAUCACGACCUUGUUUGGAGGCGAACCAUGGAACUGCCUACAUCUUCAAGAGCUGAGAUUGAGCGGCAGUGAUUGGUCUCCUGCAGGAUGGAAAGAUAGGAGUGGAAUGAUGAAAAUCAUGUGGUCCAGGUUGGCGACCCUCAAGCGAUUACGCGUUUUGGUACUGCAGAACGAUAUCGGUACUCAUCAACUGAAAAAUGAACUGGGGGUUACGCAGCUGGGAAAUCUCCCUCAACUCGAGCUGCUUUGUCUGACAGGAUUCGGGAUCUGGCACUACAAGGAUGUAUGGUGGAUUGCGGAGUCGCUACCAGAGCUAGACAGGUUUUGCUACGCGCCCAAGGAGAUGAGUACGCCUCUCUGGUCAUGGCUCCGUCUGAAUCGACCGGACGUGUGGAUCAUUCCUCUGAAAACAGAUGCGGCCCUUGGAUGA